AUGACUGCAGUGAACACAAUCGUAGCAGAUGAGGAUAGAAGUGUUGGUAGCGGUGAUGCUUCAUCUUUAGUGCACGUUAGUCCAACUGCGGAGAAUGCCGACCUGUACACAAUGGAUCUCCCAGAGUACACCCAUCUAGCAACGAGUGGAGAAAUAUCGGUAGACGCAGAAGCGACACGAAACGAGAAGACACAAGUUUCAGAUCAGUCACCAGCAUACGAUGCGAGCCCAGGCCAACCUUUACAGCUACAGAUCUCGGAUCGACAGAGUGAAGAACAGAGUCUCAAUGGAGAAUACGAAUACCAUAUACAACAAGAUAUCAGAGGCCAACAAAACUCAUCGGAGAUACGAACAACAGCGGCCCCAGUUCUAACACAUCAUCUUACAGAACCUGUUGCGACUGCCAGCCUCGCUAGCGUACGAGCGUGCAGUAUCCUCAACGACAGACCCGCAGUAUGGCUCGUGAAGAGGAAAAGCAUGGCUUUAUCACCACUCGCCGCGGCAGUGCUUACUAAAGAAGGACUCGUUCAAGCAAAAGACUUGCAGCUAAUCUCUCAAUACGCCGACAUGAAGCGCAAUCCCACCGACCCCGUGUCCGCCGUGUUUUUGACUACCUACGAUGUCGUAAGCGGUAUGAUGCUUGGUCUUGUAGCAGGCCCUAUCGAAUUGGGUAAGCAAACCACACCAAUGUUAAUGCAACACGAAGCAAAACGGAAAGAGAAGCGAGGCGGUAAUAUAGAGUCAUCGGGCUCUGAAAAUACGAGAGACCCAAGCCACGUGGCACGCCAAGUAGCUCUCGGUACCGCCAAAGGCUUUGGGCGCAUUGUCACGACGAGUCUCAAGAGCCCUGCAGUGAUUAUGCAUGGUAUUACACGAGGCUUCCAUAAUCUUCCCAAGGCAUAUGGCGAAGAGGUACGGCAGUAUGAGAACGUGACUGGAUUAAGGAGCGGGUUGGUGGUCAGCAUGAAGAGCUUUGGUUACGGGCUUGGUGACGGGAUAAGAGACCUCAUGGUAAAGCCUAUCGACGGCGCCGAGAAGAACGGUGUAUUAGGUUUCGCUGCUGGAUGUGCAACAGGCAUUGCGAAUGCGGCCUUCAAACCCGCUGCCGGCGCAUGUGGACUUGUUGGGUAUUCGUCGGUUGGCGUUUAUAAAUCAAUUCGCAACAUUGGUUCAGUGAAAAAAGACGACCCAGCAGAACUGGUACGGAGCAUAGGCGAGGCUGAGUAUCAACAAGCGAGUGACGCAGACAAACUGUAUAUCGUGCGUCUGUGGUGUCAGACGCAGAUGCGAGUGCGUAUAGGUUAG